GUCGUUCGAGGGGGGGCCGAAGGUGUUGAAGGGGGGCGCUGGAGCUUUUCUGUUGCUGUAGUCUAUGGUGCGUCAAGGCAGCUCCUUAGCGAUACAAUCAGACGAGAGAAGGGGGGUGAGAGGGAAAAAAACGCGAGCUGGCUGAGUCGCCCUUUGUUUCUAGCUAGCUAGCUGCUGAUAGAAAACGAGGGGAAGAUACCGGCGAAACCAAAAUUUCCUGUCGGACGGUGAUUGCUGGGUUCUCACGUGCAGGAUUGGCUGAGACAUGUCCACUCCGGACCCCCCUAUUGGAGGGACGCCUCGCCCGGGCCCCUCCCCUGGCCCGGGCCCCUCCCCUGGAGCCAUGUUGGGACCCUCCCCUGGACCCUCCCCAGGCUCCACCCACAGCAUGAUGGGACCCAGCCCAGGGCCCCCCUCAGCGGGACACCCCCUGCCCCCCCAGGGGCCCUCCGGGUACCCCCAGGAAAACAUGCACCCCAUGCACAAACCCAUGGAGGGUAUGCAUGAGAAGGGCAUGGCUGACGACCCCCGCUACGGGCAGAUGAAGGGCAUGGGCAUGAGGCCUGGGGGGCACAGUGGAAUGGGACCCCCUCCCAGCCCCAUGGACCAGCACUCCCAAGGUUACCCCUCUCCAUUGGGGGGCUCCGAGCACGCGCCCAGCCCCGUCCCGGCGAACGGCCCCCCCUCUGGUCCCAUGAUGCCCUCCGGCCCCGGCGGGGUGCCCAUGGACGGCGGGGACCCCCAGCAGAACCGGGCCGGGGUCCAGAGCGGAGCCGGGGCUCCCGGGGGCGCUGGCGGGCCCACGCCCUUCAACCAGAACCAGCUGCACCAGCUGAGGGCCCAGAUCAUGGCCUACAAGAUGCUGGCGCGCGGGCAGCCGCUGCCCGACCACCUGCAGAUGGCUGUGCAGGGCAAGAGGCCCAUGCCCGGCAUGCAGCAGCCCAUGGCCAACAUGCCCCCGUCUACCGGCCCCGGGGCUGGGCCUGGGUCAGGCCCCGGACCUGCACCCUCCAACUACAACAGACCUCAUGGAAUGGUGGGACCAAACAUGCCACCUCCCGGACCGUCCGGUGUUCCCCCGGGAAUGCCGGGACAGCCCCCCAACGGACCUCCGAAAACAUGGCCUGAAGGGCCAAUGGUGAACGCAGCCGCCCCGUCCAGCACUCCCCAGAAGCUGAUCCCCCCGCAGCCGACGGGCCGCCCCUCGCCCGCGCCCCCCUCCGUGCCCCCUGCCGCCUCCCCGGUCAUGCCGCCCCAGACCCAGUCGCCGGGGCAACCGUCACAGCCCGCGCCCAUGGUGCUGCACCAGAAGCAGAACCGCAUCACGCCCAUCCAGAAGCCCCGCGGGCUGGACCCGGUCGAGAUCCUGCAGGAGCGCGAGUACAGACUGCAGGCGCGCAUCGCUCACCGCAUCCAGGAGCUGGAGAACCUGCCCGGCUCGCUGGCCGGAGACCUACGGACCAAAGCCAACAUUGAGCUCAAAGCGCUGAGGCUGCUCAACUUCCAGAGACAGCUGCGCCAGGAGGUGGUGGUGUGCAUGCGGCGCGACACCGCCCUGGAGACGGCGCUCAACGCCAAGGCCUACAAGCGCAGCAAGCGGCAGUCCCUGCGCGAGGCCCGCAUCACCGAGAAGCUGGAGAAGCAGCAGAAGAUCGAGCAGGAGCGCAAGCGGCGCCAGAAGCACCAGGAGUACCUCAACAGCAUCCUCCAGCACGCCAAGGACUUCAAGGAGUACCACCGCUCCGUCACCGGCAAGAUCCAGAAGCUGACCAAAGCCGUGGCCACCUACCACACCAACACGGAGCGCGAGCAGAAGAAGGAGAACGAGCGCAUCGAGAAGGAGAGAAUGAGGAGGCUGAUGGCCGAGGACGAGGAGGGCUACAGGAAGCUGAUCGACCAGAAGAAGGACAAGCGCCUGGCCUACCUGCUGCAGCAGACGGACGAGUACGUGGCCAACCUGACCGAGCUGGUGCGCGCCCACAAAGCUGUCCAGGCCCUCAAGGAGAAGAAGAAGAAGAAGAAAAAGAAGAAGAAGCAGGAGAACGCCGAGGGCCAGAACCCUGCCCUGGGGCCGGAUGGAGAGCCCCUGGAUGAGACCAGCCAGAUGAGUGAUCUGCCCGUCAAGCUGAUCCACGUGGACAGCGGCAAGAUCCUGACUGGGGUCGACGCCCCCAAGGCGGGGCAGCUGGAGGCCUGGCUGGAGAUGAACCCAGGGUAUGAAGUGGCCCCCCGGUCCGACAGCGAGGACAGUGGGUCUGAGGAGGAGGAGGUAUGUGAGUCAUUCCAUAUUGACUCGGAUGAGGAGGAGGACCCCCAGCCAUCUCAGGCCCCGGUGGAGGACAAGAAGAAGAUCCCCGACCCAGACAGCGAGGACGUGUCGGAGGUGGACGCCCGCCACAUCAUCGAACACGCCAAGCAGGACGUGGAUGACGAGUACGGGAGCGCGGCCUUCGCCCGCGGCCUGCAGUCCUACUACGCCGUGGCCCACGCCGUCACCGAGAAGGUGGAUCGCCAGUCCUCUCUGCUGGUCAACGGACAGCUCAAACAGUACCAGAUCAAAGGCCUGGAGUGGCUGGUGUCCCUGUACAACAACAACCUCAACGGGAUCCUGGCGGACGAGAUGGGCCUGGGCAAAACCAUCCAGACCAUCGCCCUCAUCACGUACCUCAUGGAGUACAAGCGCAUCAACGGCCCCUUCCUCAUCAUUGUGCCCCUCUCAACUCUCUCCAACUGGGUGUACGAAUUUGACAAGUGGGCUCCAUCUGUGGUGAAGGUGUCUUACAAGGGAUCCCCUGCUGCUAGACGGGCUUUCGUUCCUCAGCUGCGCAGCGGGAAGUUCAACGUGCUGCUCACCACCUACGAGUACAUCAUCAAGGAUAAGCAAGUGCUGGCCAAGAUCCGCUGGAAGUACAUGAUCGUGGACGAGGGCCACCGCAUGAAGAACCACCACUGCAAGCUGACGCAGGUGCUGAACACGCACUACCUGGCCCCGCGGAGGCUGCUGCUGACCGGCACGCCGCUGCAGAACAAGCUGCCCGAGCUCUGGGCCCUGCUCAACUUCCUGCUGCCCACCAUCUUCAAGAGCUGCAGCACCUUCGAGCAGUGGUUCAACGCCCCCUUCGCCAUGACCGGAGAGAAGGUGGAUCUGAAUGAGGAGGAGACCAUCCUAAUUAUUAGGCGUCUGCAUAAGGUUCUGAGGCCCUUCCUGCUGCGGCGACUCAAAAAGGAGGUGGAGGCGCAGCUUCCUGAGAAGGUGGAGUACGUGAUCAAGUGCGACAUGUCGGCCCUGCAGAGGGUGCUGUACCGACACAUGCAGGCCAAGGGCGUCCUGCUGACCGACGGCUCCGAGAAAGACAAGAAGGGUAAGGGCGGUACCAAGACCCUGAUGAACACCAUCAUGCAGCUGAGGAAGAUCUGCAACCACCCCUACAUGUUCCAGCACAUCGAGGAGUCCUUCUCCGAGCACUUAGGAUUCAGUGGCGGGAUAGUGCAAGGACCCGACCUGUACCGUGCCUCCGGGAAGUUCGAGCUGCUAGACCGCAUCCUGCCCAAGCUGCGUGCCACCAACCACAAGGUGCUGCUCUUCUGCCAGAUGACCUCGCUCAUGACCAUCAUGGAGGACUACUUCGCCUACCGCAACUUCAAGUACCUGCGUCUGGACGGCACUACGAAGGCGGAGGACCGCGGCAUGCUGCUGAAGACCUUCAACGACCCGGCCUCCCAGUACUUCAUCUUCCUCCUGAGCACUAGGGCCGGGGGGCUGGGCCUCAACCUGCAGUCGGCCGACACCGUCAUCAUCUUCGACAGCGACUGGAACCCCCACCAGGACCUGCAAGCCCAGGACCGCGCCCACCGCAUCGGGCAGCAGAACGAGGUGCGUGUGCUGCGCCUCUGCACCGUCAACAGCGUGGAGGAGAAGAUCCUGGCCGCCGCCAAGUACAAGCUCAACGUGGACCAGAAGGUCAUCCAGGCUGGCAUGUUCGACCAGAAGUCGUCCAGCCACGAGCGGCGGGCCUUCCUGCAGGCCAUCCUGGAGCACGAGGAGCAGGACGAGGAGGAGGAUGAGGUGCCUGACGAUGAGACGGUGAACCAGAUGAUUGCCCGCAGCGAGGAGGAGUUUGACCACUUCAUGAGGAUGGAUCUGGACCGGCGCCGGGAGGAGGCCCGCAACCCGAAGCGGAAGCCGAGGCUGAUGGAGGAGGACGAGCUGCCCACCUGGAUCAUGAAGGACGACGCCGAGGUGGAGCGGCUCACCUGCGAAGAGGAGGAGGAGAAGAUGUUCGGCCGCGGCUCCCGCCAGCGCAAGGAAGUGGACUACAGCGACUCGCUCACCGAGAAGCAGUGGCUCAAGGCGAUCGAGGAGGGUACGCUGGAGGAGAUCGAGGAGGAGGUGCGGCACAAGAAGACGACGCGCAAGCGCAAGCGGGACCGCGACAUGGACCUGCCGGGCCCGGCCACGCCCGGCGCCAGCGGGGCCCGCGGCCGCGACAAGGACGACGACAUCAAGAAGCAGAAGAAGCGCGGCCGCCCCCCCGCCGAGAAGCUCUCGCCCAACCCCCCCGCCCUCACCAAGAAGAUGAAGAAGAUCGUGGACGCCGUCAUCAAGUACAAGGACAGCAGCGGGCGGCAGCUGAGCGAGGUCUUCAUUCAGCUGCCCUCUCGCAAAGAGCUCCCGGAAUACUACGAGCUCAUCCGCAAGCCCGUGGACUUCAGGAAGAUCAAGGAACGAAUCCGGAGCCACAAAUACCGCAGCCUGAACGACCUGGAGAAGGACGUGAUGCUGCUGUGCCAGAACGCCCAGACCUUCAACCUGGAGGGCUCGCUGAUCUACGAGGACUCCAUCGUGCUGCAGUCGGUUUUCACCAGCGUGCGGCAGAAGAUCGAGAAGGAGGAGGACAGCGAGGGUGAGGAGAGCGAGGAAGAGGAGGAGGACGCGGACGAAGGCUCCGAGUCUGAGUCCCGCUCGGUGAAGGUGAAGAUCAAACUGGGCCGGAAGGAGAAGGGUCUGGAGCGCGGGAAGGGCCGGCGCCGGAUGGGCCGCGGCUCCAGGGCCAAGCCCGUGGUGAGCGACGACGACAGCGAGGAGGAGCAGGAGGAGGAGCGUUCAGCCAGCGGAAGCGAAGAAGACUGAGAGCCACACCCCCCCACCCCACCCCCUCCCCUAAAGGACCAAUCCCCACAAUGCCUCUUUCCAGGAAAUUAUAUAUUUUAUUUAGCAAAAUCAACAGUGGAAUACAUGUAAGGGCGGGGUAUGAGUGGGGUAGCUGUACUUAGAUGAGCUGAUUUUUUUAGCGCACAGUGUAUGAAAUGAUUAAAUAAACCUAAAAUAAAAACCAACAAAAAAAAUCAUAAAAUUUAAAAUUAAAUACUUCCACAUCCAUAUUUAAACAGCAACCCCCGGUAUAAUUUGUAGAGCUGUCUACGUGUUUUUUUUUUUUUUUUUUUUUUCCUCGUUUGUGUUUUUUUUUUUUUCUUAAUUUUAAGUUUGAAAGGGCUUUGCAGACCAUUCGAGGACCACAGGGCGAAUUUACUUGACUUUUUAAAGUUGAAUUUAUUUUGUCUUGAGUGUGUGAGGACAUUGGAGCCGAUGGUGUGUUCGCCAGACCCAGGAAUGCGUGUUGUGUGUCUGUACAACUGCAUUCUGUUUGCCCUCUUCUGUUCCCCUCUGUAUGUUAAUUUAAGGAAACGAAUGGGGUCACGGUACGACUCUCUCGCCCUCUUCUCCCCCACGACACACCCCGGCCACGGGGAAGGGACGGGGGAGGGGGUGGGAGGGGACUGUGUUUCGUGUCGGUGUCACUGGAUUUCAAAACUACAAUA